AUGCUGACGGGGCCGGCCUCUGCCUCUAGCUUUGGCUCUGGCUCUGAUUCUGGUACUGACUUGGGGUCUGGGUCUGGCAGCCCGAAGCCGGGACACCUCUUCUCGACUCUCCGGGAGGGGACAACCCACAGACAAGCAACCGGUUUGCAGCGCCUCAACGUGGGCUGGGCGUUCUGUUGCUUGGGGUCUAUCUGUAAAACCGCCGCCUCCUCCCAGGGAUCCCUCCCCGCUGGCCUGGCCUCCUCCAUGCGUGAGUAUUUCCGAGCUGCCGCGCUGUCCGAUUGUCCCGGGCCUGCUUCGGCCUUCCAGGUUGCGCGGCGGGGACCGCUUUGUCGUCCCCUCAUAGAGGCCAGUCUGUUGAAGUAUAUGUUCUCUCGCUGCUCACCUUCCACCACCCCAUCCCCUCGCCUUCUUCCUCCCAGUUUUUUGCUCUACACUUUUCCUUUCCUUCGCUCUUUAAUUGAGCAAGGACCAGCUGCCCUUACAUCCAGCGGUUAG